UUAUAGACACAACAAAAACCAAACAAGAACUCACUCUUUCACUCACUUCACUCUUGUAUUCACCACUAAAAUCAUAAAAUAUAUCCACAAUUUCUCUUCUCUUUUCUUAGUAAAAAUAAAAAGGUUUGGUUGAUUGGUAAAAAUGGCAGGUAAUGGAGUUUUUGUAGAUAUAAUUGAGGGAGAUGUGUUUAAGUACUAUUCUGAAGGAGAAUGGAAAAAAUCAGCUUCUGGAAAAUCUGUUGCAAUCAUCAAUCCUACUACUAGAAAAACCCAGUACAAGGUUCAAGCAUGUACACAAGAAGAGGUGAACAAGGUAAUGGAAGUAGCAAAAGCAGCACAAAAAUCAUGGGCUAAAACACCACUUUGGAAAAGAGCAGAGCUACUUCAUAAGGCAGCUGCAAUUUUGAAAGAACACAAAGCACCUAUUGCAGAAUGUCUUGUAAAAGAAAUUGCAAAACCAGCUAAAGAUGCUGUCACUGAGGUUGUAAGGUCUGGAGAUUUGGUUUCUUACACUGCUGAAGAAGGAGUUAGAAUUCUCGGGGAGGGUAAGUUCUUGGUAUCUGAUAGUUUCCCUGGAAAUGAAAGGACCAAAUACUGCCUGACUUCCAAGAUCCCGUUGGGUGUGAUUUUGGCCAUUCCUCCGUUCAACUAUCCAGUCAAUCUUGCUGUCUCCAAGAUCGCUCCUGCACUAAUUGCUGGGAACUCUUUAGUUCUCAAGCCUCCAACUCAGGGUGCUGUGGCUUGCCUUCAUAUGGUGCAUUGCUUCCACUUAGCUGGAUUUCCGAAAGGCCUUAUCAGUUGUGUGACGGGAAAAGGUUCUGAAAUCGGUGAUUUUCUCACUAUGCAUCCCGGAGUACACUGUAUAAGCUUCACUGGUGGAGAUACCGGUGUUGCAAUCUCAAAGAAAGCAGGAAUGAUCCCUCUACAGAUGGAACUCGGAGGAAAGGAUGCUUGUAUUGUUCUGGAGGAUGCUGAUUUAGAUUUGGCCGCCGGAAGUAUUGUGAAAGGAGGUUUUUCUUACAGCGGUCAAAGAUGCACAGCCGUUAAGGUCGUGUUGGUGAUGGAAUCAGUUGCUGACACUCUUGUUGAGAAGGUAAACGCUAAAGUGGCAAAAUUAACCGUCGGGCCACCAGAAGAUGAUUGUGAUAUCACUCCAGUUGUCUCCGAGUCGUCUGCAAACUUCAUUGAGGGGUUGGUCAUGGACGCGAAGCAGAAAAAUGCAACUUUUUGCCAGCAAUACAAGAGAGAAGGCAACCUCAUCUGGCCCUUGUUGUUAGACAAUGUUAGGCCAGACAUGAGGAUUGCAUGGGAAGAACCAUUUGGGCCAGUUUUGCCUGUUAUUCGGAUCAACUCUGUCGAAGAAGGAAUUCACCACUGCAACGCUAGCAAUUUCGGUCUACAGGGUUGUGUAUUCACCAAAGACAUCAACAAAGCAAUACUGAUCAGUGAUGCCAUGGAAACAGGAACAGUUCAGAUUAACUCGGCUCCGGCUCGUGGACCGGAUCAUUUUCCAUUCCAGGGAAUUAAGGACAGUGGAAUUGGAUCACAAGGGAUUACUAACAGCAUUAACAUGAUGACCAAAGUGAAGACCACUGUUAUUAACUUGCCAACCCCUUCUUAUACUAUGGGGUAAAACACUAUUGCUUUUGAAAUAAGACAAUAAUUAGUACUUGAAGAAGCUAUGUUGUAGAUUGUAGUAGCCAACUUUUGUUUC